CAUCGCUGUUAUCUUGGUUCUGUCAUUUGGUGUGAGUGAUACCAAGGGGUUAGCCGAUCACAGGAUGUCUUUUGCAAUCAAGAAUACUGAACAGUCAGGGGUUAAUACGAGAAUCUUGCGUGGUGUAGACCUCGAGAUAUCCAAUCCAAAGGGGAAAGUUAUGGUCUCCAAGAUCCUCCGCAAACGACGCCAGAGUACCACUGAAAAGGAAGAGUAUCUGAAUGCCCAUAAUGCAGCGCGGUCUCGCGUCAGUCCGACAGCUGGAAACAUGAAGAAAAUGAAAUGGAGUAAUGAAUUGGCGCAAGUUGCACAAAAUUACGCUAAGAAAUGCAUCUGGAAACACAAUCCCUCCAGAACCUCUGAAACGAAGACUCUGACAUCGCAAUUCACAUAUGUUGGCGAGAAUCUGUACGCAACGUCCGCCAGUUCUGCAGAUCCUAGCUCUGCUGUGGAGUCCUGGAACAGUGAAAAGACGGAGUAUGAUUACAGCACUUCCAUCUGCUCCGGAGUGUGUGGACAUUAUACCCAGGUGGCCUGGGCAAGCUCUGAGUACGUUGGAUGUGGUUCAAGCACUUGUCUGGCAUUCACUGGCUUGUCCUCCUCUUUCAACGGUGGGACAAUUGUUGUUUGCAAUUAUGGAGAAGGUGGAAAUUACGCUGGCCAACCACCCUACAUGUCCGGAACUCCGUGUACAACUUGUCCAAAUGGAUACUCAUGUUCAAACAAUCUCUGUAUCGAAGAUAGUGAUGGUAACGAUUCUGACACGAACACUGGUAAAUCAGACGAGGAUUGUUUUACCGGGGAUGGUUCUGACUACCAGGGCACUGCCAGUACAACAGUGAGUGGUAAAACCUGCCUGAACUGGUCUGACGUCUACUCUUUCCUCCCCGGCAACAACUACUGUAGAAACUAUUUCGCGGCCUACGGGUUCACGGAGCCAGUCUGUUACAUGCAGACUGGGACCCACUACAUUGAAUCAUGCGGGGUCCCAAAGUGUGGAAAGAAGUAAAUGACGAAUGCAUUAGCGAUGACGACUACACGUAAAUCUGGAAAUUGACCGACCCUUCCUGUCAAUAAAAUAUAAAGAUUGGAACUGUCUAUCUAACUUUCCGUAUACAUGGCAUAUACUUCUGUUUAAUUGAAAUAAAAUUAAAUGAAAAUUGA